GUAAUCGUUAUAAUAAUAUAAGUUACGAGGAAAAAAAUCUUCCAGUUGGACCUUUGGGAGAAGAGCUGGCUGAAAUGGGACUGGAAGACGUGCAAGAUAUCUGGAAAAUAUUUAAUGCCGCCAUCAUACAAUUGUUGCAGGUGUCAGAAGAAGAAUAUAAUGCAAUUUACGAGUCUGCAAUUCAGUACUUGAAAACAGUUGGUGCUAAAAUG